CACUCCCGCUUAUCGAAAAACUACCGCUUCAGCCAUAUGUAGUAUUACAUAUAUAUGACGUACACAGUGUGUAUUUUUGGACGCAACUCUUACUGUUUUCACCAGUGUGGCUCGUAACCUCGUGCUGAUAUACGUGUUUUUGGUUGGAAUUAGAAUGCGUGUUACAAAGAAUAUCUAUUGCAAUAUGCGAAGAUUAUCAAAACGCUGCCCGAGUCGGAUCGAGUCGGCAAAUCGAAAACAGUAUCAAAGUUGUUGAAACAGGCGUUUUAAUACUUCUGCUUAUACUUGGUUAACGAUAUCAAAAGCUGGAAAACGUAUGCUAAAAAUUCUUGUGGCAUGUUCAAAUUGUUCGAACAAAAGGAAUGUUCGGAGUAUUUUAUAAAUAUGCUGAAUCGACUACAAAUAUUAUUUUAACAUGGAACUCUAUGUAAUUGGCCCAUUUAUCUAAGACAAUAUGGGAAAAUGUGUCAAAUGGUUCAAUAAACUGUAACAGUCGUAAGCUGGAAAAGCAAAACUAAUACUAAAGAAACAAAGAAUAAACUACAAACAACACAGAGAAGAAGGGAUAAGUUUCCGUUUGUUUGUUCGCGAAGAACGCAGUUCUGACUUAUAACUCCUCUCGCGAACGAAGCAAGGGGAAAUUUCUUCCGGAAGUCGGAGUAAUAAUAGAAAACCGAUCGACAAGUGAACAAUCCUCAGGAGGCCGAACACCCGAUAUGCAACAUUUACCACCUCCCAGAUUCAGCGACAGAUCAGUGUCGUCUGUCCCGAGAAUGCCGCCGCCGAUGAACAAUCUGCCGCUCGGUGCGACGAGAUUGGAAUCAUCACUUGCGCGACCACGAAACUUUGCACCAAUUAGCAUGCCACCGUACAUCCCGGUACCCGGUAAAGCAUUCGGACUUAUGAUGCCCGGUUUUAUGCCGCCGAUGGUACCACGUGGUGUCACAGAACCGCGUUACCCGAUGGGGCUGCGACUUUGGAAUAGGAAGAUAUCGCCGCCGAUGCAGACGACAUCCAGAUUCGCGGCUGAUAAUAAUAGUAACGUUCAGGCGGUGAACAACACGAAGGUCGACAAGCUCGGAACUCAUCCGCACCCAGAUAACGAAGGAGAUAAUGAAACGGACGAAAUUAAUGCCGUUGAAGAUACACUGUACUAUUGCGCAAUAUGCGACAGAGAUUUUUCGUCUGAGGAUGCCCUAGCUGAACAUAAAAGUACACACAGCUUUUGCGGUAUCGACGGAUGUAAGUUUUCAGCACAUCCCCUGCUUGUUGAGAAGCAUAUUCGUAUGCAACAUAGUACCGGUUUAUAUGCGAGUAUGAAAGACUUGUCAGAAGAGGGAGAUGCAAAGAAAUGGACAGAAGAACGGAAAAAGAGGUUUCCUACCAAAAGUAACAUUAAGUUACGUGAAGUAGAGGAUAUAGAGAAAUUCAAAAGAGGAGAGAUAAUCAAGCAAGACCUGCAUACCUUCAAAACGACAAAAACGAUGAAUACGCGUGGAAAAAAACGCAAAGCACACAGACGAUUAGCACAAGAAACUGUUAAUGAUUCUCAUGUAGACGAAUCAUACAGAGGCGUACGUUCAUUUCCUGGAACAAAAAUUUUAAGAGAGGAAUAUUCGAGUAAAGCGUGCCUCGACGAAGAAACUGCACAAACAGAUGUGGAAGACUCAGAUAUGGAAAAUAAUUCGGGCGAGGAAAAAUACGAUAUUUCGGACGAGGAUGAUGAUUUAUUACAAACAUCUGUAAAGCCCAAACUUGCUAAUUUGUCUGUACCAUCUUUAGUAGCGAAUUAUGAAAGCGAAGAAGAUAGUUCUCCCGAAGAAGCACCAAUAAAAAAUAUCAAAAUGGAGGAUCUCCAGGAUCAUAAAAUAGUAGAAAAAAAUAUUACAGUUCAUGAAGAAAUUUCAAAUAAUGCGCAAUCUUGCACAAAUACAAGGAAGAAUAAAUCGAGUCGUCAGACAAUAGUCAACGAAACAUCUCGACAUCCUAAACGUCAAGAUAAACAGAAUCAUAAGAAAAGUCAGAAAGUGGAAGAUAAAAAACAGCAAAAAAAUUUAACUAGGCAUUAUAACACAUUACUACAAAAGUUACUCUCACGUUCUAUACAACAUGAGAGAAAUUUAAUAUUCCAAUGCAUGAAAUAUAUAGUAGAGAAUAAUUUUUUCGAGUCGUCUGGAUGUGGAACAUAACAAUUAUUAAGGAUAACAAUCAACUCAAUAAUAUCAUCAAUAUUAUUCGUACAAUAUUCUGAGAUCUGUGAGUACUUCGGAAUAUAAUAUAAUAUCUACAAAUGAGAACAUAAAAAAUGUUCCGCUUUAAUCAAUUCAAAUGCACUUGAAUUUCUGCGAAAAUAAGAUAACAAAAUGCACUCUUGUUUAGAUUGCAGAAUUUCAAAGAGGAUAUACGUUAAUUUAAAAACCUUAUCUUUUGUGAAAGUCAGUGUUCAGUGAUUUAUGACUCAAAAUCAUCGAAAAUUAAUUAACCGGAUAUAAACUGAAUAUCCUUCCAGUGUAUAUUCAUACAGCCUCUGAGUCAUAACUUCAACAUAUUUGAAUUCGUUAUGAAUUUUACAAAUGUAGGUGGUCAGUAAACACGAUAAUUCUCAUUAUCACAGAAAUUCAAGUGCGUUGAUUAAAAUGGGAUAUAGUCUGUAUAUAGUAUACAAGGUUUACCAAAAGUGUGGAAACAGUAGAAUAUGUUGAAAACGAAGCAAUUAAUAAAAAAAAGUUUUAGACAAAAAUUGUAGCGUUUGGAAGGGGACAUAAGUUGGUGACCUUAGCAUCGUUGUAUAAUCAAUAAUUCAAUGUCAUUUCAAGAUCAACUUCAUUUUUUUUAAUUAAAUCAUAUAGUUCUUUUUAACACAACAACACAUUUACAUAAAUAGAUGAAUUAAAAAAAAUAUCAGUUGCUAAAAACGGUUUUAAGAGAUGAAAUCACCCCCUAUAUGUAAAGCAGUUUUAAGCUUUUUUCGUGAUAUCUGAAGAACUAUUCAAGAUAUCAAAAAAUGUUUUAUACAAAAGUUUUAUAAUAAAAU